AAUUUGACGGCGACUUUGAACGGUUGUGUGCGCGCGUGUACCGGCCGCUUUAUUGAAAUUUUGUUGUUUUUGCGGAAAAUCGAAUAAAAAAAAAUUUCAAAUGUUUAUCAAAUGAGCGUCGUGUAUUCGUUUGCAACAAUUACUCCUUAAGAGUCUAGUGUGCAUAGUGUGUGUGUGUGCAAGUGUUUAAAAUUUCAAUCGUAAGCUGUAAAUCACGAGCAUUCACAAUUGGCGCCAACAGAGCCGCACGGAUAAGCAACAACAAAUGGAACAUGUUGAUGCUGCCGUUGCUGGAAUACAACAAACACAUAGCAAAAAUACCAAAUUGCAAAAUGAGGUCAUCGCCGCUUAGAUUAUCGAUGCUGCUGCAAUCGCUGCGUUUGCUCCUGCUCCUCUGGAUGCUCCUCGAUGCAGCGGCAGCAACCAGCAGCAGCAACAGCAAUGGCAACAGCAAUGGACCAUCGGCAGCAGCUGGUGCAGCAGGAGGUGCAAGUGCAGCAAGUGGAGCUGGAGCUGGAGGUGGCGGUGGUGCAGCAGCUGGGCCAGCAUUGCCGCCUGGCGCCCUUAAUGCCAAUCUCACGGAUCUGGGCAGUCCCGGCAAAAAUUUCUUAUUUUCCAGCUCACAGCCUGCUGCUCAUUACAAAUUGAUGAGCUCGUAAUCAGUGGAAAAUGUUUUCCAAUGUAAUUAAUUUUGAUUUGCAUUUUAUAACAUAAAUUAUUCAUUUUACACACUGACCAGGUUUUGCACUUCCUCUACUAUUAAUCAAAUUAUACGAAUAUUUGAUCAACUUCUUUUCCUUUUCCCUCCACAAGUGAGUUUCGUUACGAUAAUUUUUAGUGCAUGCGGGUGACAUUGCAAUGCGACAAGCUACAACUGAAAUGACAAGCAACAAAACGAAGAAGAUACACAACUAAACACAGCUGCAGCAGUUGCCAGUUUGCCAGCUUAAGCAGCCGCAUGAUUGAUUUGCCAGCCAGCAUUUAUCAACGGUUUAGGAGCAGCUGCUGAAGACGACGUCGACUCUCUUUUUGGAUGGCAGCAUUGACACUGACCGGGCAAACCUCAAUAACAACCAAGUGAUGACUCUCGACUGUCUGCAACAACUCACAAAGCGCUUCAUACGGGCGGGCUGCAGGCGAAUACUAUAAACGAGGCUAAUGUAUUGGAUACUUCACAUAUCAACCUUAAAUUAGUCAUAUUUAUAAAUGGCAUUUAACAUAAAUCUGUAACUAAAUUUAUUAAGAACGAAUGUUAAACACUCUUACUAAAAUCGAACUUUUUAUACGUUAAUAAAU